GCAGGAUAAUGAGUGCUGCUCAGAGUCAGUCAACACUGGAGGCCAAACUGAAGGCCUUGCAGUGCCACUUCACCUGGGACAUCGACACCAGCAGGUCCAACCUUUUCCGUCUCAGGGACAGACUGGAGGACAUCGGCACAGAUGAUGGGAACAACUGGCUGGGUCACAUUUACAACCUGCAGGGAUACAUUCACUACCAGCUGGGCUUUAUUGAAAAUUCUCGGCGUUUCUUCAGCAAAGCCACAGAAGCCUUCCGCCGGGCAAGAAAGGUUUCAGAUGAAGGUCCCUGGUUGGUGGUGAACUAUGGGAACCUGGCUUGGCUGCACCACCAGCUGGGAGAACAGGCAGAGAGUCAGACUUACCUGUCAAAGGUCGACACCCUGCUGAGAGAAAACCCAUCUCCAUCCCAGGACGAGCUCCAUCCAGAGAUCUACGCUGAAAAGGCCUGGACCCUGAUGAAGUUCGGCAAAGACAAAAAGGUGAUGGUCGCAGAUUGCUUCCAGAGAGCCAUCAGAAUGCAGCCGGACAUGGUGGAAUGGUACACUAGUCAUGUGAUGGUAUUACUGAAUGAUUUAAAGAACUGUGACAAACCACAGGAGGAAGAGAUCCUGGAGAAAAUGAGAAUGGCCAAAGAUCAGGAUCCGGAGAAUUUGUACCUUGCUGCUCUCGAACUCGAGCAGCGUGCUAUGAAAGGAGAAAGAAUUGAAGAUGAAGCACGUGAGUUAGCCAGAAAGGUUUUGAAGAAUCCUGUCAGCAGCUACAGUGGAAUGAAAACAUUAUUAAGGGUUUACAGUAAACACAUAUCUGUUGAUGAAGCUAUAGAUUUGGCAGAGGAGGCUCUGGAAAAACAUCCAGAUGAACGUUACCUGAAGAGGUGUGCUGCUCUCUGCUACAAAUGGAAGAUCCUUUUCUCCAGAGAUAGUCCCGCAAAGCAAAGCAUGAUAGACAGAGCAGUCAGUCUCCAUAAGGAAGUGAUUUCUCUUUAUCCUCAUGCGUCACUUGUAAAGAAAAUAGAUCUCGCAAAUGUAUAUGCAAAGUCAAAUCAGGGUCUUGCUAAAGCUGAGCAGAUUUACCAGGAGCUGCUAGAAAUGGAUCUAGAAGCUGCAGGAAAACAGCUGCUUUACAACGGCUACGCAAAAUAUUUAAACGCUGCUCGACAAGAUACCCACAGGUCAAUAGAAUAUCACAAGAAGGCAGUAGAGAUACAACAGCAAUCAUACUUUCGAGAGAACAGCAUCAAAGCUCUGAGGAAGAUAGAGAAACAAAUGUGUAGAGAUAUAGAGGAGUUCCUAACCAAUCUGGAAAUUGAGAGAUCUUAA